AUGGAUUUUUCAAACAUAUGGGUCUUUAGAUCAGCUUUGAACUUAGUAAGUGAGGGAGAAGUUGUCAGAGAAAUAGGUAGAGCGUUUCAGAAAAAAGGGCCAGAAAAAGCAAAAGCAGAUUUAGCUAAAAAGUGUUUAACACGAGUUAAGAAGCAGCGAAAACAAGAAGACGAUCGUAAACCGGAGCGUUCAGGCAGCCUGAGCAAGAGAACACGAACAACACACUACAUUCGUCUUACAAGAGAAUAUAUGGAGACAUAUGAGAAAAAAAAGGAGCACGAGCAACUAGACGAGCAGCAUAGUUAA